GGGUUGGGGGUCUUGCCGUCUCAUUCUCAUCGACUACCACCCACCCGCCUCGCCUCUCUCUUCUCCUCCCCUUCUCGAGCUAGGGUUAGGGUUUGCCUGCGAAAUUGAUCGAAUCGGACGACUUCCAGCAUCGAUCCAUCCAUUCGUCCUUGGAUUCGAUCAAAUUUCCGGGCAUCAUCAUCAAGCAAUCUCGCCUUGUCCAUUUCUGAGAGUGGGGAGGGAUUUGGUUGAUUCCAAGAUCCAUCACAAAUUCUCAAGAGGGAAGGGAGGAGAGGAGCAGGACGCCAUGGAUCCCAGCCAGAUGAUGUUCCCGAUGUGGGGGGCGCCGCCUCCCGCCGCCAUGCCUCCGCCCUCCGAGGACCCCGCCGCCGCUCCCAACGCGCAGCCCUUCCUCCCCCCGCCCAACCGGGGCUGGAAGCGCAAGAACCCCGCCGCUGCCUACCAGCCCCCGGCCCUCGGCGACCUCCAGGUGCAGAACCGCGCCAAGGCACGCCGCUGGUUCAAGAGCAGCAACCCCAAUCCCAACCCCCGCAAGUACUUCUUCCCCAAGAACAAGAACAAGGCCGCCGCGCCGCGCAACACCACCUCCUUCAUCAUCCGGGCCAAGCGCUCCGGCGGCAUUGCCUCCCUCGUCUCCCCGUGCCCCGUCACGCCCGCCGUCCUCCCCACCCCGCGCCUCUCCCCCUCCCGCGAGGGCCUCGCUGACAUGGCCCAGGCGCAGUGGGGCGUCGACGGCUACGGCUCCAUGAAGGGCCUCAUCCGCCUCCGCAGCUCCCCACAGCCGGCCAACCCCAACGCCACUGCUGCAUCCGACGACGACGAGGAGGGGAACUCUAGUGGCAGUGACGUCGAGGAGCACGUCGAGGUGGAGCGCCGCCUAGACCAUGACCUCAGCCGCUUUGAGAUGGUGUACCCUGGGAGAGGGGAGGAUGCUGGGGGCUACGUGUUUGAGGACGACGACGAGUAUGACCAGGAUGCGCAUGUGGCACGCCUCGAGGAGGAGAACCUGACGCUGAAGGAGAGGCUCUUCUUGAUGGAGCAGGAGGUAGGUGACAUGAGGCGCCGUCUGGAGGCGCUUGAGGCACGGUUUUCACAAUGCAACGAGCAUGAUGCAGAGAGGGUUCAUCUGGGAUCUGGCGAGGGUGGAGGUGAAACUGCAGCGAAGCAGGGUGCUGUGGGUUUGGAAGAGACUGGCAACCACGAUGCAGAGGAGCAGGGUGCUGUGUGCGGUUCGGAGAAGGCUGGUGAAACUGAUGCAGAGGAGCAGGGUGCUGUGUGCGGUUCGAAGAAGGCUGGCGACCACGAUGCAAUGACGUUGGGUACUGAGAAGACAGACGAACACAAGAUACAGAUGGUUGAUUCGGCUCUGGAGAAGAAGAUGGGUGAGGACAAUGUUGAAGUAAGAGAUUAGGCUCGAGGCCUGGCGGUGACGACUGGUGGAACAUGGAGAAGAGAAUUCAGUACUGGUUUUUGGUGCUGUACAUACGUGUUGAUGACGGAUUGAAGGGAUGCGACAUGGACUGGACAUGUUUUGGGGACAGACAUGUUGCGUAAAAAUGUAUCCUGGUAUUUUGAGUUUAUUUCUAUUGUUCCUUGUUACGACGAUCCUUUGCAGACCCUGUAGAGCUCUGCUUAGAGAGCUGCCUAUGAAGUGGUAGAUCUGGAGGAAAGAACUGAGAUGAUGAAUUUGUUUUCGUGAUCAUUGCUGUCGUUACUGUAUGCAAUGGUUUAUAUUUGAUGUUUUGGUUUGUACCGGUUAUAUUGUCGCCGUGGCCUGUACCUGAUGAUUGUAACCUUAUAAUGUGGAUGUCAUUGAUGAUGAAUGCGCGUUCUGGACUGA